CCCCCUGCCCACACUGGCCCCGCCCAGCAAUAGCAGCGCUGAACUGUUCCCCCCAAUACAGAGAGCUCUGUGCGGGCGCAGCAGAGGGGUAACCGCGCCGCGUCCCGCCCGGUACAACGCUGACUUCUGCCGGUCGCCUCAAGCUCCGUAACACCGGGGGCCGCAGCCUGUCAGGGGGCGGGAUCUAGCUGACAGAGUCUGGUCCCUGAGCCCCGCCCACUCCCGCCCCUCUCCUCUUUCUGCCUGCAAAAGUGGUCAGAGGGGAAGGUGACAGAUAGCAUCUACCGUGACAGAUACCCCAGACACACUCACACUCACUGCAGCAGCAACACAUCCCCCAGCAUCUACAGGUGAGCAUGUUGAGUCUGUGGCAGGCAGGGGGCGCCCUGCUGGAUGAGGCAGUAGGGGGCAGUAUAGCCUCUAUGGUGCUACUUCCCUGCGCCUUUCUCCUUGCUUUGGCCUACCUGUCCAAACAGGCCUUCAAGCACCUGCAGUCCGUCGACACUGAUAACGUGAAAUACCCUCCGUACAUUUCAUCGUCUAUUCCUUUUCUGGGACAUGCCAUAUCUUUCGGGAAGAGUCCAAUCGAAUUUUUAGAACAUGCCUAUGAAAAGUAUGGCCCAGUCUUCAGUUUCACUAUGGUGGGAAAAACUUUUACCUACUUGGUCGGGAGUGACUCUGCAGCAUUGUUGUUUAACAGCAAGAAUGAGGAUUUGAAUGCAGAAGAUGUGUACUCUCGUCUCACAACUCCGGUGUUUGGGAAAGGGGUUGCUUAUGAUGUGCCUAACCCGAUCUUUUUGGAACAGAAAAAAAUGUUUAAAACUGGGCUGAACAUUGCUCAUUUCAAAACACAUGUGAGGUUGAUUGAGGAGGAGACCGUGGAAUACUUCAAACGCUGGGGAGAUAGCGGAGUUGGAAACCUGUUUGAGGCCCUGUCGGAGCUGAUCAUCCUCACCGCCAGCCGGUGUCUGCAUGGCAAAGAGAUUCGCAGCAUGCUAAACGAGAGGGUGGCCCAGCUCUACGCCGACCUGGACGGGGGAUUCACACACGCGGCCUGGCUCCUUCCAGGAUGGCUGCCUUUGCCAAGCUUCAGGCGCAGGGACAGAGCGCACAGAGAGAUUAAGCAGAUCUUCUACCAAGUGAUUCAGAAGCGCAGACAGUCUGAGGAGAAGGACGACGACAUGCUGCAGACACUGCUAGAUGCCACCUACAAAGACGGCACCCCCCUGAAUGAUGACGAGGUAGCAGGAAUGCUCAUUGGGUUGCUACUGGCUGGACAGCACACGUCUUCUACCACCAGCGCCUGGAUGGGCUUCUUCCUGGCUAAAAACAAAUCUAUUCAAGACCAGUGUGUCGAAGAACAAAAAGCUGUGUGUGGGGAGGAUCUCCCACCUCUCAAUUAUGACCAGCUCAAAGACCUGCAAGUCCUGGACCGUUGCAUAAAGGAGACCCUCAGGUUAAGACCCCCUAUCAUGACAAUGAUGAGGAUGGCCAGGACCCCACAGACUGUUGGAGAAUACAGUAUCCCACCCGGGCAUCAGGUGUGUGUAUCUCCCACCGUUAACCACCGUCUAAAGGACAUUUGGGUGCAAAACACAGAAUUUAACCCUGACCGAUACCUGCAUGAGAAUCCAGCGGCCGGGGAGAAGUUUGCAUAUGUUCCGUUUGGAGCAGGUCGGCAUCGUUGUAUCGGCGAGAACUUUGCUUAUGCUCAGAUUAAAACCAUUUGGUCCACCAUGCUGCGUAUGUAUGAGUUUGAGCUGGUGGAUGGAUAUUUUCCUACAAUAAAUUAUACAACUAUGAUUCACACCCCCAACAACCCGAUCAUCCGAUACAGGAGGAGGAAACUGAAGAUGUAACGCUCAUUUGUUUUUUUACUUGGGAAAAUUGUACAUUGCACGGGGUACUUGAACUUAAUUGCUACUGUACAUGCUAUGUAUUUUAUAAUUGAAUGUGAAAUAUUAAUGUACAAAAUCAGUCUGCAUAUUUGUUUUUUGUUUUUUCAUUUUGUAGGUUUAGAUCUGUUUGUAUAUAAGUUGGAUUAAAAGUUUAAUUAC